AUUCUAAGAGAGAGAGAGAGAGAAGAGAGUUUCUUUUACUUUCUAUACGGUUUGAAUAAUUUGUAAAAGUUAAGUCGGAGUUAUCAGAAUGGUAAAGGUGACGGUGGAGAUCCUUUUAUACAAGCUUUAUCUUUACGUGACUGAACAAAAGAGGAGAAGUCCCACAUUAAUAUAAGUAAAAUAUUUCAAAACAAGAUAUUCUUUGGUUCACUAAGAGCUUGAGAAAAACUUUUUCAUAAAAGGGUUGGAGAGAGAUUUUUACUGCAGAGGUUGCCUUCGACUUAUAAAAGAGGAGGAGAAGUAAGAACAGAAAAAAAAAAAAAAAUAGAAAAAGCAUCAACCAAACAUGGCAGGAGGUGGAGGUGGAGGUGCUGCGCCACCGCCAAAACAGGAGGAGCUUCAGCCUCAUCCGGUCAGAGAUCAGUUACCAAAUAUCUCAUUCUGCAUUACCAGUCCUCCUCCAUGGCCUGAAGCUAUCCUACUUGGUUUCCAACAUUACCUGGUAAUGCUUGGCACAACGGUUCUCAUUCCGGCCUCUUUGGUGCCCCAAAUGGGAGGAGGAAACGAAGAGAAAGCAAAGAUGAUUCAAACGAUACUGUUUGUUGCUGGUUUAAACACGUUGUUUCAAACAUUGUUUGGAACUCGUUUGCCUGCUGUCAUUGGAGCUUCUUAUAGCUAUGUGCCAACGACCAUUUCGAUUAUCUUGGCAGGCCGAUACAGCGACAUCUUGAACCCUCAGGAGAAAUUUGAAAGGAUAAUGCGUGGUACUCAGGGUGCCCUCAUCGUCGCCUCAACUCUCCAGAUUGUUGUCGGUUUCAGUGGCCUUUGGCGUAAUGUGGCAAGGUUCUUGAGUCCAUUGUCUGCUGUUCCUUUGGUAGCUCUAUCAGGCUUUGGUUUAUAUGAGUUUGGUUUUCCUGUGCUUGCAAAAUGUGUGGAGAUCGGGCUGCCUCAACUCAUCCUUCUACUGUUAUUUUCACAAUACAUACCACAUAUGAUACGUGGGGAGAGACCCGUGUUUGAUCGGUUCGCUGUCAUAUUUUCUGUGGCAAUUGUCUGGGUUUAUGCUCAUCUACUCACUGUGGGCGGAGCAUAUAAGAACACCGGACCUAAAACUCAAAUUAGCUGUCGAACUGACCGUUCUGGCAUUAUUGGUGCUGCCCCAUGGAUAAGAGUUCCAUAUCCCUUUCAAUGGGGAGCCCCCACUUUUGAUGCUGGAGAAGCUUUUGCUAUGAUGGCUGCUUCAUUUGUUGCACUAGUAGAGUCCACUGGUGUAUUCAUUGCUGUGUCAAGGUAUGCGAGCGCGACUCCAUUGCCACCUUCUGUACUUAGCCGUGGAAUUGGUUGGCAGGGGGUUGGCAUUCUCUUCUCUGGUAUUUUUGGAACUGGAAAUGGCCCAUCAGUAUCCGUUGAAAAUGCCGGUCUGUUGGCAUUGACACGCGUUGGUAGCCGAAGAGUUGUUCAGAUUUCAGCUGGAUUCAUGAUCUUCUUUUCUAUACUCGGAAAAUUUGGAGCAGUCUUUGCCUCAAUUCCAGCACCUAUAAUUGCAGCAUUAUACUGUCUUUUCUUUGCCUAUGUUGGCUCUGCAGGUCUCAGCUUGCUUCAAUUUUGCAAUCUAAACAGUUUCAGAACCAAGUUUAUUCUUGGCUUCUCAUUCUUCAUGGGCUUGUCAAUCCCGCAAUACUUCAACGAGUACACCGUGGUGAACGGUUUUGGUCCAGUCCACACUGGAGCAAGAUGGUUCAACGACAUGAUCAACGUCCCCUUCUCAUCCGAGCCCUUUGUCGCGGGCGUGUUGGCGAUUUUCCUUGAUGUCACCUUGCUUAAGAAAGACAGUGCAACAAAAAAAGAUAGAGGCAUGCCUUGGUGGGACAGAUUCAGGUCAUUCAAGACAGAUACGAGAACUGAGGAGUUUUAUUCAUUGCCUUUCAAUCUCAACAAGUUCUUCCCCUCAGUGUGAUUUUUUUUUUACGACAAUGUAAGUUUUUUAUGUCGUUUAAUUUGGUACGAGGGACAUGUUCCUUCGAUAUAUCUCAUUGUGAGGCUUUGACACUGAAAUUGAAAAUGGUAUAAUGUCAACUCCAGGGGAAAACGCCAUUAGUAGUUGUAGUAGUAGUAGUGGUAAAGGAGAAUGGUUUUUGUUUAACACUCAUUUUUUAUAUUGCUUUGUUUUUUGUUUUAAUAUUAUAAAGUAUAGUAUUUUGAGAUUGUUGUGUCUUUUGACCAAUUGAUAUUUAUUGCAAUGUAGCAGCUUUUGCUUUUGCUUUGACUA